AUGGCAAUCACAGUGAGCGAUCUGUUUACUCUGUUGCUUGCGGCGAAUGAUAUGUACGCCGAAGUGAUGUUUCCCAAAGGCUAUCAUCGAAUUCUAUUCACCUUAUUUGGUCGAUAUAACUGUUUGGUUCGGAUCAGUCUCAUUUUGUGCUUAGUUUGGAGUUCAAAUCUGCUUCAAACCGGUCUAUCAUUGGAACGUUUAGCCUCUGUGAUCGCUCCACUGAAAACACGAGCACUGACGACCGGUCGUCUAACGCGAUUCGCAAUCCUCGGCAUUGUGAUUUUCUCCUGUGGAAUGGCUAUCGGAGUGAACAUUUUAUCGUAUGAUCCAAGAUUCACGGAGGAACGUGACACAAAAGGAGAACUUGAUUACGAGACAUUGACUUCCUGCGACCGAGCAAACGGUUCAACCCUACUUGGUGAAAUGAAUGUGGAUUUGGAUUUAACUAAAUUGGUUUACCAUUUAGAUCUCAUUGUGUUCCGAGCGGUUCCGUUUGGCACAAUGCUUAUCUCGUCUGCGGUGAUUGCCUCCCUUAUCCGAUGUCAACAUCGUCGUCGCAGCAAACUGAUGGGUGCGAAUACCGUCCUGCAACAACGGCAUUUAUACAGCGGAAGCAGUCGAGAAUCCCAAGCCUCAUUACUUCUACUCACCAUGAAUUUAACCACACUGAUCACAAAUCCACUGUUUCUUAUCUUUGAGUUGAUUGAUGGCGAAGGAAGUGAAGGCCGCACGGCGGGUAAACUUACUGGAAAUACAUGUGUAACUUGGGUGCUACGUCAAACAUUCAAUUGGCUUCUCUACUUCAACAAUCAAACCAAUUGGGUGUUUUACAUCGCAUUUGGUGCUCGAUUUCGUCAUCAUAUAACCAAUCUGUUCCGUUGUCGCAGUUCAAGUGCUCGAGGCAGGCAAACUAAACGUUUGACUAUUGGAAAACAUACAUUGUUAGCCAGUCAGACGCAGUAUCAUUGCACCGGUGAUGGUCGUGCAAUGUCUGCGGAUACCACAAUUUAUGAGGAACGGAUGGAACAAAUCAAACCGGCAGGUUAUACCCGAAUUUCCGUGUGUGAAAGCACCCCCCUGAGGGUAAUGAGUGCCGGGGCUCGUAGUUGA